AUGGCGUCCCAGCUCCAGGUCUUCUCCUCCCCCUCUGUGUCCUCCAGUGCCUAUUCUCGUUCAAAGAGGCUCAAAGUCGAGAACCCUGCCUGGGAUGUGUCCAACCAGCUGGCGGACAAUGGUUACUACCAGCAGAGCCCCACACAGGGAACUGCACCCUCCACUUCUGGCUCCAACUUCAACCCAGUGUACAACUCCAACCAGGUGCACCCGCCGACUGCAGGGUCCAGGGAGCAGACCGUGGUGCGGGCAGCAGACAGCACAGGUAGCGUCCGCGGACCUCCUUCAUCCUCCUCGUCGUCCUCCUCCUCCAGCCGGCGUAUCAAGGAUGCAGAGUCCUCCUCCCAGCCGUGCGACCUCUACCACAAGCAGUACAGCUUGAAGCGGAAGAGCGAGGAGGUGGACAGCAGCGACAGCGUCCAGAUACUGGAGGAGCUCUCAGCCCCCGUCGUGUCAAACCGCACCGGUGGUGGAGGGGGGACCACCACAGCUCAGUCCAUUGCACAUUCCACUUCCACCACCAAGAGCAGCAACUCCCACAGCGAGGGCGACUACCAGCUGGUCCAGCACGAGAUUCUGUGCUCCAUGUCCAACAGCUACGAGGUGCUAGAGUUCCUGGGACGCGGCACCUUCGGCCAGGUGGCAAAAUGCUGGAAACGUGGCACAAAUGAGAUAGUGGCGAUCAAAAUCUUGAAGAAUCAUCCUUCUUACGCUCGGCAAGGUCAAAUUGAAGUAAGCAUCCUUAGCCGGCUGAGCACAGAGAACGCCGAUGAGUUCAACUUUGUCCGCUCAUACGAGUGUUUCCAGCACAAGAACCACACGUGCCUUGUGUUUGAGAUGCUGGAGCAGAACCUCUACGACUUCCUGAAGCACAGCAAGUUCAGCCCUCUGCUGCUCAAGUGCAUAAGGCCGAUCCUGCAGCAGGUCGCCACGGCGCUGAUGAAGCUGAAAAGCCUCGGGUUGAUCCACGCCGACCUGAAGCCAGAAAACAUUAUGUUGGUCGACCCUCUGAGGCAGCCGUACAGAGUCAAAGUCAUUGAUUUCGGCUCCGCCAGCCACGUGUCCAAAGCUGUUUGCUCCACAUAUCUGCAGUCACGCUACUACAGAGCUCCAGAGAUCAUUCUGGGCCUUCCUUUCUGUGAGGCGAUCGACAUGUGGUCUUUGGGGUGUGUCAUCGCGGAGCUGUUCUUGGGAUGGCCCCUCUAUCCUGGAGCCUCAGAGUAUGAUCAGAUUCGUUACAUUUCCCAGACGCAGGGUCUUCCAGCAGAGUACCUGCUGAGUGCAGGAACCAAGACCAGCCGUUUCUUCAACAGAGGCCCGGACUCGAGCUACCCCCUCUGGAGACUCAAAACACCUUCGGAGCACGAGGCAGAGAUGGGGAUAAAGUCAAAGGAGGCGAGAAAAUACAUCUUCAACUGUCUCGAUGAUAUGAUGCAGGUGAACAUGACAAACCUGGAGGGGACCGACAUUUUGGCGGAGAAGGCCGACCGACGCGAGUUCAUAGACCUGCUGAAGAAGAUGUUGACACUAGACGCAGACAAACGGAUCACGCCCAUGAAGACACUGAAUCACCCUUUUGUUACCAUGACGCACCUGCUGCACUUCCCACACAGCUCACACGUGAAGUCCUGCUUCCAGAAUAUGGACAUAUGCAAACGCAGAUGCAGCGCCUUCGAGAAUGGAAAAAAUAUGUUUGCCAGCAACAACACCCCAAGUGCAGCCACCAACCUCACAGUCACCUUCAGCAGCCAACUGAACCAGCACAAUCAGAUGGCUUCUACAGGAGGCCAGUCUCUGUCUCUCAGCAGUAACGUCCCGCUGCUGAACUACCAGCCCGGCCUCUAUCAGCAGGCCACCAUAAACAUCCCUGGUCUGGCCCAGCAGGGUGUACCCCUUCAGACCAGACCCACCCAGCUCUGCACCCAAACUGAACCAUUCCAGCAAACACUCAUCGUUUGCCCGCCUACCAUCCAGGGUCUUCAAACAUCCAAUAAGCCCUCUGGUUACCCUGUGAGGAUGGACAACUCAGUACCUUUAGUUCCCCAGAACCAGUCGUCACAGCCUCUUCACAUCCAGCCCAGCAUGCUGGCUCAGCAGGGUUGGCCAGCAGGUACACAACAGAUCCUCAUCCCUUCCACAUGGCAGCAGAUGCCUGGCAUGGCCAUCCAUAACCCCGGGCAGGCCGUAGUUCCCGACUCACCCAUGGGAGCCCCUGUGUCCGACGGUCAACAAGCUGCCAGCUGGAGGGGUCGUCACGGCAGCCAGUACGAUGGAGUCAGCCAACAGGACUCUGGCGCGGGCCGUCACGCUGCCUCCCAAAGCCACUCAAGAUCCCAACAGGGCAAGAGGUCAAAGGCUCGACACGCUGACAGCAGAGCCAGGCCUGUGUCGUCAGUGCAUUCGGCCACCAGUGUGGUCCAUAACACUUCUACUUUGGCCGGUGACCAGUCUCAGCCCAUCGUCAUCUCUGACACGCCAAGUCCUGCCGUCAGCAUCAUCACCAUCCACAGCGACUCGGAGGAUGAGGAUGACAGGAAGUUCCCUGCUGCAUGCUCUGGAACGAGUCAGAGGACCAACGUGAUCAGCUGUGUGACGGUACACGACUCCCAUGACUCUGACUCCUCCACCAGCAGCCCCCUCAGCCCCAAGGCCUCCUCGCAGCCCACCAAGUCUCUGGCCGUCAUCAUGCCCUCAGUGAAGAGCCAGCCUGGGGAGAGCACAACCCACAAAGCUCCAGCAGCUCCAGAUCAAGCCACAACUGGCUCUAAUAAGGCCAAGAAGGGGUCGUCUCAGCAGUCCAGUCGGCCAGCAGACUCCAACACGGAGCGCCAUCAGCGGGCUGCGUCCAGCAGAUCUCAGCCUCUCAACUUGAGUCAGGUACAGCAGUCUGUGAUGUCAUCAUCUCACGACCAAACAGGAAGCAGUACUUCUCUGAGGCGGCAGCCCACAUACCCUCCUCCCGUUUCCUCCCACUCAUCCUACCGGCUUCACGAAAACACACUCUUCAGCUCGACCCCCAACCUGUACGCCUACCCCGCAUCCGCCGCCCUGGCCUCCGUGUCCCAGGCUGUGGAUCAGAUGCAGGGGGGCUCGUCCCGCCACGGCAGGGCGAGUGGGGCUUACUCUUCCCUGGCGCUGCUCCAAAAGAACGGCAGCUUAGCCCUGGGAGGGUCUGCUCCGGGACAGUACGGAAACCACCACCAACCACAGCAGCAACAGCAGCAGCAGCUAGGGGGGCAGCCUUUCCACCGUUCCACCUCUACCUACCCCCGAAAACUCAACCAGUACCCCUACCUGUAAAGACUGACGGAGACAGACGCUGGCACCGUAGCUCUGCAUGAAGACCAAAUGGAGACCGAGA